GGUAGUUACGUCUCUUUACAUCUUUGUAUCUUGGUAUCAUUGUAUCUUGGUAUUUUUGUAUCUUUGUAUCUUGGUACCUUUGUAUCUUGGUAUCUUUGUAUCUUUGUAUCAUUUUAUCUUGGCAUCUUUGUAUCUUGGUAUUUUUGUAUCGUUGUAUCUUGGUAUUUUUGUAUCUUUGUAUCGUGGUAU